AGGAGCAUAGCUGCUCUCCUCUCGUAAAUAUUCAGAAUGUAAUGGACGCCAAAUGGCUGAAGUUCACAUAAUCGGACAAAUUGUUGGCGCUAGCGGAUUUCCAUCGCAUGAUCUUUACUGCAAAUGGUCUCUGCACCUUGGUGGAUCAUGGAAAAUUUUAGCUGGUUUCAAAGAAGGUCAAACACAAGUUGAUAAUCCGCGAAAUGAAAAUUUUGCCGCCUUUGCACAUCCUGUUGAUAUUCACCUGGCAACAAAGGGCCUAAGCGACUGGCCAAAGUUACAUUUUGAAGUAUGGCAUCAAGAUGUUUUUGGAAGAAAUGAAAUUUAUGGAUAUGGGUUCUGUCACGUCCCUACUUCACCUGGUACCCAUAAUAUUGACUGUGUAACUUGGAGGCCAAAGGGGUCGUACCGGGAACAGAUUAGGUCUUAUUUUAUUGGUGGAGCACCCCAACUGAGAACUUCAGAUGUCAUUUACACUGGACCAGACCGUUGUCGGUUGUCUACAGUUGCAAUGGGGACUGUUCAUCUGCAACUCGGUAUUAUAGUUAGAAAUUUUGAUAAAUUUGGAAUAGAAUGUUAACAACUGCAUUACAUAUAGUUACUGACAUGACUCAGUGCAGUGGACACAAAAUGUGAUUCCAGGACAUUUGGAUACAAUGUUUCCAUAACAAAAAUGUCCCUGACACAAAGAUGAAGUAUCUGAGUUGCAAAGAAAAGGUUGCAAGGUUGAAAUUCAUUCACUGCUUAGCCCUCAAAACAAAUAAAUGGAUCGGAUUAUUGCAUUCAAAAUAAAAAACCUAAAGCAAAGCACCAGAAGCUGGAUUGAUAAAAAAGUGGAACCUUGUCUUAUAUAAACCUUGAGAAUUCGCCAGUCAACCGUGUGGGCAAUGCCCUUGCUAAUGACUUAGAGAUUUUCAUAUCAAAUUACCAAGCCUUGUGGCCCAAAAUGCUCAGCAUUCCAUCUAACAUUUUUUGGUCAGUUUGACUGGGGCUUUAAUGCUAUUGAUUAUUCUUAUCUCACACUGUGCUAAAUGCUUACAGGAUCUUACUACUAUAUGAGUAAAAAAAAGAACUGCUGAUCAGACGAUUUCAAAAUAUCCCAGAUUCACUAAUGGAUAUACCAAUGCAUUGAUUAGAUAGAUUCAUUCAAACAGUUUUUUUGAAGCUGAAAGAUUCAUUGUUGGGAACAAUUGUUUCAGAAACUAUAUUUACAGUUAAAUUGAUGCACCUCUACAAUUCUCUUGGUACUGCUAUUUAAAAAUAAUCCCAAAUAUAAUUAGUUUCAUGAAAAGAUGCAAUAAGUUUCGGGUGGUUCAAAACACUUUCGAAUGUUUCAAAAUUAAACCAUUCAAAAAAUUUCCUGUGAAAAUGACACCUAAGAAGAUACAUGGUUCGGACAGAGGCACACAAUCAGUACCAGGUAGAAGGACCAGAAAUACAAAUGUAAAAUAUUUCAAUAAUGAUUUAUCAAGGUUUUAUAAACGCACAUUUAUAAAACAAAUCUACCAGUAGAUUACAGUUUCAGUAAAAAGGCUGUAUCAUAGCAGCGGCUAUUUAAAAGCUCCUAGACUAAAAUUCAAAUGUAUAUAUAUUUUUAGAACUGUUACAAAACAUGUACAAACAUAAAGUAUAUAAUUGUUGAAAUUUUUCAAAUCUAUGUUUGGUGUUGAAUGGUAUUGUUUGAUGUUGAAUGAUUGUAUUAACUAUUUGCAUAUUGCUUCAAUUUUUUUUCAACAUGUUAUUGAUAAUUGCAACAUCCUCCCGUCGACACUGUGCCUUUGGAUAUACCUA